ACAUGUGUAGUAUGUCAUAAUUGACUAACCUUAUUACUGAACACAUUCCAGAUAACGUGAAAUAGAGAAUGAAGAAAAUAAAUAUAUGCAGACGAUAUCUGGGUAAAGUGACGAAUCUUAAAAAAACUGUAUACUUGUAGAACAUAUGCGGUAGUGCGCGUGAUAUCUACGGGCGUGCGCAAAACGUCGUACAAUUUUUAAACUCUCUGAUUGACGAUGUUUAUUGCCGGAUACAUGGAUUGUUGUCAGUUACUUUCGCAUGUUUCAUCGUUAGCAUCUUUGUUUCGAUAAUAAGAAUUUGUUUCGCAGUGAAUUUUAUGGUUUUGUUUACAAAAACUUUUACAAACUUUUCAAAAUCAUGGACCAUUUUGAAAACAUUGGCGUGCUUCUUCAAUUGAUUGCAAUGGUCAUGCUUCUUUUGAAAAUUGUAUCUACACAAGAUUGUACAGGUUUAAGUGGAAAAGCUCAAAUUCUCUACGCCUUAGUUUUUACCACAAAAUUUCUAGAUCUUCCGAAUGACUUGAAGACUUCUCCACCAUCUUUUGUAUUGAAAGUCGCUUACCUUUUUAUUGCGUAUUUAACAGUGUUAUCGAUACAUUUCAUUGGUACAAAACAUUCUGACCGCGAACAUGAUAUUUUCAGAAUUGACUUGCUAAUGGGCACCUGUACGCUACUGGCGUUAUUAUCGACCCACCGUAAUUGGACCAUACUGCCAAUCCUUUGGCACUUUGGUGUCUUUUUGGAAGCGUUUGCGCUCUUCCCGCAGAUUCACUUGACCGCUAAGACACGCUACGUCGGAAGUUCGCUCCUUUUCUACGUAGGAAUGAUUGGCUGCUACCGGGCCUUUCACAUUGUUCACUGGCUAUAUCUUCUAAGUCGGGGCGAGCACCUUGAAAACUAUUACGUUGCUAUCUGCGGUUUUGGGCAGUUCUUUAUCUGCUGUGGAUAUUUUGGGUGGAUGCUGCCUAUUUUUAAGGCCCAGUAUGCUCAUCUAAAAAAUGUUGACGAGGGCCAGUCUCGAGUUGUGGCCGUGGUAGCCGUAAGGGUCAAUGGAAAUUUGGAUGUUGCGAAGAAUGCCUCUAAAAGCGAGACUUCGAUAAACAACUGAAUUCAUGUGUUGUUGUAAAAUGAUGAACUGUCGAGACUGUGAAUAAUUUUUUCGAUGAAUUUUUAUACUUGUAAUAUUGAUAAGCAAGACAUUUUUAAGUGUGUGUAUGUGUGUGUGUGUGUGUGUGUGUGUGUGUGUGUGUGUGUGUG